AUGGGACAAUUCGUAUCACGAGCUCUGUCUCUUCAAUUCGAAGCUGCAAACCUUGAGAUUUCUAGGCUUGACCAUUUUAACUCAGAUACUCAAAAGACUUUGGGUUCUACUAUCUUUCAAAAGGAAGAAUCUGAGCAGCACUUCAAGAACCAAAUCAUUCAUGUGACUCGCGAGAGAGAUGGUCUUACUAGUGAGGUUUCCAAGCUCAAGGAAGAUAUCAAGUACUUGGACGAGGACUUGAGUAAGAUGGAGAGAGAUGCUGCUAAAGUUGAAAAAUUGACUCGAAUAAAUGCUCAAACUUCCAAGGUAAAGCUUUUCAACGAGUUCUGCGAUAAGCACGGUAUUCCUCGCGAACGUCUUGAUAUUGAAGUUUUCUCUGAAGACGAACCAUCCGAUGAUGAGAAGACUCUGUCUGACGAGGAAGAAAGUGACGAAGAUGCUGAUGAUGAUGAGGAAGCUGAGAUCGAAGUUUCAAAGGACAAAGCUUCUAUUCCCACGAAGACAGUUGAUGAACCUUCGUCUUCGGCAAAUCCUACCAAUCAAUCUCGUGGUGCUGACAAUGUCGAAGUGGAAACUACUGGGGCUGGUGCUGGUACUGUCGAAGUAGAAGUUACUGGAGCUAUUCCCAUUCAGCAAUUGUCUCUUCAGUCCUGA